AUGGCGGUGCUCGUGCGCGUGAAGCGGAAGCGCGACGAGCUCCCGAGCGACACGCUCAUCAUCGCGGCGCCGCGGAUGAAGCGCGAGCGGUCGACGAAGGAAAAGCUCCUGGCGGACUUCGGCGGCAUGGGCCUCGAGGCCGGCGCGCGGCCCGACGCGUCGGAGCCCGUGGAGCGGCGCUGCUUCCGGCGCCUCGAGACGCUCGACGCGGCGGCGGCCGAGGACAUGGAGCGGCGCGUCGACGGCGAGACCGCGCAGCGGCUGCUGCGGGAGGCGCGGCGCCUGCGGCGGAAGCGGCGGCCCCACGACGACGGCGGGCGGCCGUCGGAGGAGGGCCGGGCGCGCGACGACGGCGCCGCGGCCGCGCCGCCGCGGCGGCGGCGGCGGCAGACGCAGCAGCUCCGCGAGGAGCCGCCGGCGGGCGGCGGCGGUCCGAAGAUCUGGGUGGACCUGCGGGACGGCGCCCUCGAGCGGGCGGCCCCCGGCGCGCCGCCGCGGUCCGGGGGCCUCAAGAAGAACAAGACGUCUCGGUCGCUCCAGGACCUCACGGAGGCGGACGCGGGCGACGACGCGACCCUGCGGCCGUCGGCGACGACGCCGGAUCUGGGGCAGCUCCACGCGGCGACGCGGCGCAUCCUCAACCCGGCGGAGCGGCGGCUCGACGAGGCCGUCUUCGCCGCGUUCCAGGCGCCGCCGGGCGAACCCGCGGCCCGCGCGCUCGCCGCGGUGCGGGACGCGCUCGACCGCGGCGCGGGCUUCGCGCGGGCCGACUUCCGGCGCCCGAGCGACGGCACGACGCCGCUCAUGGCCGCGGCCUGGCACGGCGCCGACGGCGACGUCGCGCGGCUGCUGGGGUCGGGCGCGGACCCGCGCGUCGUCGACGCGCGCGGCAACGACGCGUCGGCCCUUGCGCACGCGCGGGGCCACCACGGCACGCGGAACCUCCUGUUGGCGGCCCAGCUCGAGCGGUCGAGCGCGCUCCGGAGCGGGUCGCGGCGCCGGAGCGAGGUCGACUUCGGGACGGACGUCGACGUCCGGGGCGCGCCGGACGACGACGACGCGUGCGUCGGGCUGCCGUUGGACGACUUCGUCUACGACGUCUACGCCUACGACGCGCGCGCCGACGACGGCGACGCCGGCGACCGUCGGCCGCCGAGCCCCAAGGACGCCUGGGCGCCCGAGUCGCUCGCCGCGUUCCCGUCGAUGGGCGACCUCUCAGCGGGCGGCGCGUCGACGCAGCUCGCGCCGCCGGCGCCGGCGCCGCCGCCGGGCGAAUUCGCGUCCGCGGACGACGACGACGACGACGACGCGCUGUCGACGCGCUGCGUCGUGUCGCCCCACCCGGACGGCCGGGCGCGCACGCUCGCGAACCGCGCGGCGGCGGCCGCGUCGCGCGCGAAGCGCGCGCCCCUCGUCGUCGGCAUCCGCCACCCGCUCCGCGACGCCCUCCGCCUGCCCCACCCGCGCGUCGACGAGCGCCUCGGCGGCGACGACAGCUCCGUGUCGUCGCUCGACGAGCGCGACGCGGGCCUCUCCGACAGCGACCGGUCCUUCGACUCGAACGACGAGCAGCACGAGGCCAACGACUACCCGGAGGGCCGCGACUCCGACGACUCCGACGACGGCCUCCACGCGCCCAACUUCGACGACGACGACGGCCGCGACCACCGCGCCUACGGCUCCGACGGCGACGACGACGACGACAGCGACGCGGACGACGGCCGCUUCCGCGCGCGGCCCAUCGACGUCGCCGACGACGACGACAUGGACGACACGCCCCUCGGCGUCGGCGCCGUCGGCUUCGGCGCGCUCCGCGCGGCGCGCAUCUCGCAGGACGACGGCUUCGACGACGACGAGCUGAGCCUCUGCAUGGCUGCCCUGGCGGAGCAAAACGCUCGUCCCCGCGUGCUCUGCCUCCACGGCAUGCAUGCCUCGACCGCUGCGUUCUUGCCCGAGGCUCGGGCGCUCAUGGGAGACCUGCCGGUCGACUGCGACGGCCCGGACCACGAUGGCAUGUGGUGGUGGCCGUCGCUCGACCACGUGCGACCCGACCCGCGCGGCGCGCUCGGCUGGGAGGAGAGCGCCGCGGCGCUCGCGCCGGCGCUGGACGCGCACGACGCGGUCCUCGGCUUCUCGCAAGGCGCCGCGAUGGCCGCGGUGCUCUGCGCGCUGCACCCGCACCGCGUGCGCUUCGGCAUCUUCGCGUGCGGCUACACGGCCGUGGGCACGGGCCUAAAGGCCCUCGCGGAGGGCGACGAGGGCCUCGGCGCGAUCGACGUGCCGUCGUUGCACAUCGUCGGCGAGCGCGACGGCGCGGUGCCGCCGGAGGCCGGCGAGCACCUCGCAUCGCGGUUCAAAGACCCGGUGCGCCUCGAGGCGCUCGUGUUCGGCGGUCAGAACGGGGCGGCUCGGAACGAGGCCUCGGCCUGCGGCGGCGGGCGCGCGAGGGCGGAGUCGAACGAAAUUAUCCUCUACGACCCGAGCCUCAUGGCGCGCAUCAACCACCUCGUCUUCGGCGGCAUCCUCACGCUCUUCUCGCCGGGCGAGCCGGCGCUUUUGGAGGACAACGUGCCGACGCUCGUGUCCUACUUCGACUCCGCGAGCCUGCUGGCGGCCGGCGUCGUCUCGCGCCACUGGCACUCGAUCGCGACCGCGGACCAGUUCUGGCGCGUCAUCGUCCGCGAGGACUACUCGCUGGACCCGGCGUGCAUCGAUCCGCCGCCGCGGCCGGUCAAGGCGCUCUGGCUCAAGAUGCGCCGCGCGUUCCGGAGCCUCCUCGCCGCGGACGCCGCGCCGCCGCCGGCCUGCGCGCAGCCGCUCCCGGUCUUGCCCGACCGCAUCGUCGUGCACUGA